AUACGGUUCGUUCACUCGGCUCCCAAAGCUGUUACCGCGAGCUAACAGAAGUUUAAAAAAAUAUAGCUUUUUGCUGUUAAACGGAACUACUAACAAAAAAAGCGCAGCCAAAGAAGACUUUAAAAACCUAGUGAUAAACUGCAAAACUUCAAAAGAGACAAAAAAAAAGACAUUGCCAAGUGCCAGUAAAAGUGGUACAAAAAUAUUAUAACUGCAAGAGUGCAAAGUGCAUAAUUUUUUGGAUUAAAACAGACGCCACACAAUAACAAAAAUGGAUAUAGCAUUGCUGCCAUCACCGCCAGCAACGCCGCCGUUGCGUGAAAAUAAAAUGGAAACGGUUGCUAAGGAUGAACAACAAGUGAAUGAAAACUUACUCAAGGCCAAGCUGAAAUUGGUGGCUCAAAAGAAUAAUGGAAUCAUCACGCCGAAUCCUUCCGACACAGAAGAUGAGGCUGGCGAUGUGGCGCCCAGCAAAAAGGCGCGUUUGGAGCAACCGGCGGUGACUUUAACGCCGCCACCAGAACAUGUAGAGAAGGAGCAAGAGCACGAGCAUGAGCAGGAUCAAGUAGACGAAAAGGAACCGCAACGUGUCAGUGUUAUUAUGCGCGUCAACAGCUCUGGCGUCUGCUCCACACUGGAUGAGAACAGCUCCAGCUGCAGCAGCUCCAACAGCAACAUUGUCAGCAGCUAUGACGAUGACUAUGCGGAGGCGAACGUUUGGCGCAAUUUGAAAUUUAAAAUGAACCGCAAACGUGCCGCCGAGGUGGCGUUACCCGAUUCCUCACAACAACACCAACAACAACAGCAGCAGCAGAAAGAGCAACAACAACAGCCAGCCGCUGCACCAACGGAGCACCAACAAAUCCCCACCUGCUUCACACUACCCGCAACAGUUCAGCAACCCCAGCAGCAGCAGCAGCAACAGCAAUACCAGCUACUAUCUCCCAAAAACCUGUACAUAGCCACGAACACAGCUGUGGCCCCACCCACACCGCUAUUGUUGCUCAGCACAGUAGCAGCAGCCGCCUCUGCAGCCGCCUCUGCAUGCGCCAACGCAACCACAUCCUCUCCAGCCAUCAGCAUCUCUAGCAGUAAACGCAACACAACAGCCGCCCAAGCGGCCGCCACACGCAGUCGCAUCUAUGAGUGCAGUCAUCCGGAUUGUGGCAAAAACUACUUCAAAUCCAGCCAUCUGAAGGCACAUCAGCGCGUUCAUACCGGCGAACGUCCCUUCAUCUGCAAGUGGGACAACUGCGAUAAGCGUUUCUCCCGCUCCGACGAACUCUCACGCCAUAAGCGCACCCACACCGGCGAAAAGAAAUUCCAAUGCUGUGUGUGCCAAAAGAAAUUCAUGCGCAGCGAUCACCUCUCCAAACAUGUGAAGCGCCACAACAAGGAUAAGGCCAAUGGCGUUAAUCGGAAUGUGAGUGCGGCGGCUCUCUGUGAGACGGCCAAUCUGGCGGUAGCGGCUCACGGACUACCGACGUUACAUCUGCGCGCCAUUGCGCCCGCCACCACCACCAGCAACAACAAUAUCGUACAAAUUGCGCCAGCAACAACAUCUGCGGCCACACCUGCCGCCACAUUGCAAGUCUACAGCGCCCAGGAUCUGUUGAGAUUACAACAGCAGGCCACAAACACCUUUGGCAACUUUAAUGCCCUGCUGCAGGCACAAGCACAGCACUAAGCGGAUGCCAAUCUAUGGAGAUAGUAUAAUCAGUAGCACACCCCACCCCCUCCCCUCAUACUCUCAUAUCCACCACAUCGUAGUCCUUAGUAGUCACAAAAAGCAAGAAGAAAACACAAAAAGGAAUCGCAAGGGAGCAAAAUGUACCUAUCUACAUGUGUAGUAUAUAUAGUGGACAGCUGGAGAACAAUUGUGUUUUAUGGUCCAUUCACACCUGCCAACAAAUUGUUGCCAAUCAAAAAUUGAAAACUUACACUAAAAUUUUGGUGGAACUCGGUUGAACAUCAUCUUGAAAUAUCAUUUUUAGACCUAUGUAUAUCCUACCAGUUGGCAACAGUUUCUGGCAAUUAGCUGCGUCAGCGUAAGAUCACAAGUUAUGUAGAAUAAUUUAAGUUUAAAUUUAUAAUUAGUGGAUCUAUUAUCUAUUAUUAGUUUUAGUAGUUCUAGUUUCAAACAACCUAUGCGUAUAUCAAUUUCAAUUCAAUAACUUUUUAGCCUUUAGUGUCUACGCUUUGAUCUUCGCAAGCAUGUUUUGCGAUCUACUUGUAUUAUUAUUAUUCUUGCUUUUCAUUCAAAAAACAAAACAAAUUUAAGUUAUGGCAGCAGCCGUACUUGCAAGAUCUUUGUAUGUGUAAAUAUUAUAUAGUGAAAAUCUGUGAUAUUUAAGUUUUUCUUAACUAUUUUCUAAAUGCAAUUUAUUCUUGUGUACAUUUUCCUACGCUAAACUUCUUACAUAUAAGUGCAAACAAUUGUAUUUAUUGCUACAGAUAAAGCGAAAAAAAAUCAAUUUGGAAAAAAACCUUGAAAAAAAGAAAGAAAAAAAAACAAAUCUCAAUGACUCUCAAGAAAAGAUAAGCUAAGAAAUAUAUUUUCCAAAAUAAUCUAUAA